AUGUCCGGCCAGUUCGACGAGGCUACUCAGAAAGAGCUGCAGACUUUCCUGGACAGGGAGCAGGCCCAAGCUCGCGUCCAGCAAUCUAUCCAUACUUUCACCAGUAUGUGCUGGGACAAAUGUAUCACAGGUACUCCGUCCACACGUUUCUCUCGCAGCGAAGAGAGCUGCCUCGUCAACUGCGUGGACCGAUUCCUAGACACGAGUCUGUUCAUGGUGAAGAAGAUUGAGGAGCAGCGGGAACAGAUGCAGCGAUAG